AUGGGCCUCGUCGACUACGCCUCCGACUCAGGCUCCGACGCCGAAGCCGGCCCUUCUCCUCCUCCCCUUCCCCCUAAAUCCAACCCUUCCAAAACCACAACGACAACGACAACGACAGCCACCGCGAAACCCGGCACCGCCCCCAAGAAACCCUUCCAAAAACUCGUCGACCGCGCCGAGCCCGGCAAAAUCCGCAGGGCCCGCACCGGCGGCGGCGCCUUUAGCGGGUUCAACGCGUUCCUCCCCGCGCCCAAGAAACCUUCCCGGAUCGGCGGCGGGGUAGGCGCGCCGUCGGGCGAUGCCUCGGUGUCGUCGGGCGGUGCAGCGCAACGGGUGGGCGCUGGUCUCAAGACGGGCGCGGGGCCCGGCUUCACUACUCCCCCACCUCGCCCCUUACCCCCACCCUCCGACCCUUACAACCCCACCCCCUACUACGAACCCCAAGAACACCAGCAAGCCCAGGAACCCGAAACCGUCUCCUCCCUCGCCUCCAACCUCAACCUCGACGCCACCGCCAUGCGCGAACUCUUUGGCCGCUCCUCCUCCUCGGCUCGCGGCGGCCCCGCCGGCGCCGUCGACCCCAACACCCGCGUCGUCAACUUCAACCUCGACGCCGAAUACCGCCGCAACCAGGCCCUCAUCGCCUCGGGUGAGCUCGUUCCCAACCAGCGGCCCGCCCGCGCCGCUAUCCAGGGCGGUGGUAAGCAUAGCCUGCGCCAGCUCGUCAACGCCGUCGCUAGCCAGAGGGACUCCCUCGAGGAGAGGUUCGCCGAGGGCAAGAACAAGCGCAAAGAGGCUGGUGCGCGGUAUGGAUGGUGA